GGAGAGCUGCCCACGGUCCCGCAGCGACUUCCGCAGGGAGCGGUGCCGCGUCAGGGUCACCCUGCAGAGCACGGGUCUGCAUCACUGCAUGGGCACAGGGCUCGGGAUGCUGCAGUCCCUGCGCCCCUGCACCCACCCCAAGCAUCUCCCAGUGCUGAUGCAGCCCUCAGCUGCGUCCUCACCUCCUGUGUGGGAGAUAGCAGCGCUUCCCCCCCCCCCCCGGGAAACCCCCAGCACCCUGCGAUCCCCUUUACCUCUUCAAGCCGCUGCAUGGAGCGAGGCAGAGCACGGCGAGGAGGAGGAGGAGGAGGAGGAGAAGGCUGUGCAUGGCGGCGGUGCAGGGCUGCACGGCGAGGUGGUUCUUAUACCAACAGGUACACCCUCGCCCCGCGCUAUCAGCGAUAACGCCCCUCUCCGUGUCAACACUGGGCUUUGGCUGCGGCAAUGAAUCACUGGGCACCUCUCGGUCAGGUCAGAGCGCCGGGUUGCUGGGGAGGACGAGGGGCUGGGCCACGUGGGGCUGUAUGUGGGGUGGGUAAUAGGGGACCUCUGGGCACCCCCGCUGUUUUUUUUCCUCCCCAUCCCAGGUUUUUUCGCUAGGGUUGCAGGAAGGGGACGUUCAGAUGGUGCCGAGCUGCCUCGAAAAGGCAAAGAUCUCAUUAGCCUUGAUGAGCUGCUCAGGAAUCUGCAGCUUUGCUUUUUGUCAUCGAAGCACGGGCUUUGGCAAAAGCUGCUCUGCUUUAGGAACAGUUACAUGUUGCCUUACAGCCACUGAUGGGUUCUUCCCCAGUGGUUUCUGCUUAAUGCUGGACAGCCAUCUCAUUAAGCAUCUGAGAAUGCAAAUAAAGGAUGCUAAUGAACAAACACAACUCCUAUCUGCUGCUGAGGCUUUGUCUUCCUGUGAUUGUUUCCCAUGUUUGUGGCCCUGCAGCGACUGAUGAUGGAUGCCACAAGGAGAGGUGUGAGCAGCACUCACGUUAUUAACAGCAUUUCUACCCCUAGCGCAGCGCUAAUCAAUUUCCCAUUUAUUGUGGUUAGACCGUUUUAUUUAAUCUUAUUUAAUUAAUGGCAAAGCAACCGGCUCUGAGGGGUCCGUAAAUGCACAGCAGUCACCUGGAAUGCUCUGUCAUGGGAUGGAUGGGUGGUUCUGCUAACAUUGGGCUGGAUCCCAGGCCAGGAGCAGAUCCUCUGUGUGUCCCCACGUCCCUGCACCCAGGCUGGCAGCUGCAGCCUUUCCACUGAGCAGCCCUUGCACAAAGUCAUCCCUAUCAUAUUUUAAACACUGUUUCAUACGCCUUUCCCUAUAGUUCCAUGCAUCCUCCCUCCUUGUCCCAAUGAUACGUGGGACAUAGAAGGAUUAGAAAAAAAGCAACCCUUCCUGUAAGCAAGGGGAGGAUCAGCCAAAAGCUGAGGAGGCACAGCAGCACAUCCACUGCUCCAGGUGUGACUUAUCCAUUGGAAAUCCCAUAAUAAACCCCUCCUGCCCUCGGGCUGUGUGCUGGGGAGCUUGGGCUGAGUGCUCCACGUUUGGCACUGGAAAAGAUCCCUUCUUGGGUCAGGGCUGGAAUGGCCACAGGGAACAGGGAUGCGCUGUGGAUGGGAAGCGACCUCCCUUCAGCUCCAUUUAUGGCACCUGACUCAUUACAAGAAAACUGCUCUCAGGCUAAAAAUAGGUUAUCUGCAUUCUUUUUUCUUCUCUGUAUUUCCUUUCCUUCAGCCACUUCCACUAUUAGCAACCAGUGAUUCACAUCGUACCCGAGCAUCACCUUCUGAAAAGCCUUUUUGCUCUGAUUAUCAAAUCCAUCUCCCACCUGCUAAUCUGUUUGCAUAUCACAGAAAGAGUAAAACCCUGUAACAGCAGCACUGAAAAAAAUAAAUAUUUUUAUUUCCGAGAGCGAUAAACAACCAAACUCCAGCUAAAUAUUUACCCACAGCAACAGCAGCUGAUGGGUGAAGGCUGAGACCCAAUGGAAUCACCCAGCAGCUCUCGGGAGCCCAGCUCAACCUCCUCACCUGCUGGUGAUGGGGCUCAUAGGGGGCUCACAUGGAGCAUUUACCCCAGAGCUGCUCUGUGUGCCCUGCUUGCAGUGGAGCAACAUUUUCUCCCUGCAUUAGAGCUGCCCAUGGGAGCACGUGGUGCAGUUGGCCGGUGGGAGCUGUGUGGGGCUGCAGCUUUCCCAUCCUAGGGCCCAACCUACAGCAGAGAAACACCCCAAAAUAUUUAAAUGAGCGAAUGCAAGCGUCAUGGAACCCGGUGCCAUCACUUCUGGGGGCAAAGCGAGACCGCAUCCGGCGCCCAGUCAGUGAGCACUGCUGCACCAGCUGCAGUCAAACACCCACCAAAAAUGCUCCAGAAACAUCCCUGACCUCUGCAGAGCAUCCCAUCCAUCUGCUCUGUGCCUCGAAGGCAGGACGGACACACGAGGUCUCUGCACCCCAGGAACCUCAGGGACGUUGCUGGCACCACAGUGACGACGGAGAUGGAGCACUGUGAGUGGUGGGUGCCUGUCGCCACCUCAGCUGUGACCCUGCUGCUCAGCUCUCUGCUCCUGCUGCUGCUUUACAUCAUGCUCAGCAGGAAAAUAGACAGGCUCUGCUGCAGCGCACAGGUGGGCAGUGGUCCCACAGCACAGCCCCAGCAACCACCCAUCUCUUCAGCUGGAGGGGAAGGGGUGCAGCAACCAAACUAUACGGAAGGGAGCAGCGAGACGUCUUCAGAGACCUCAGAGGACUCGGACAGCAGCUCUCUGCACCCACAGGAAAGGAAAACCCGCUCAAAGGAAAACCUCAACUACACAUCCGUGCUGUUCCCGGGGAAAGGCUCUGAUAGGAACUACGAGAACAUGAAGAUGGGCGCUGAUUACGUCAACGUGGACCCCAAAAAGAAGAAAGCAGAGUUUUGGACCUGCUCCAGCCCUGUGGCAUCCAAGUCCAUCGAGUACACAGAGGUGAAGCUGUGACACUUCCCUGGGGUCCCACAGCAGCCACCGCUCUGUGCCCAGGUCAGUGCUGGCACAGGGCUGCUGCCAUUCCCUGGGAUGGUGCAGCUCCCCCAGGGAUCUUUUGGGGUCGGAGGCUGUGGGUGUGGGGUGAUGUGGGGCUGCCCCACACCUCCCUGUGGGGAAACGCUCCUUCUCAGACUGCCACAAGCUCUGCACGUGUGUGUGAACGCCGUUUUCUCAUCUUGUGAAAGCAAAUGCUCCCCCAGCGGGAUGCGGGUAAGAGAGGGAAAUGCAAUCAUUUCCAAACCAUCCCUCCAUUGGGCUGACAUAUCCUGUGAAUAAUGCUUCCUUCGCUGAUCGCUGUCAUAAAAACCUUUUAAAUACACUCCAUCCACUGGCUUCACCCUUCCUGCCCUCACACCGAUCCCUCCUCUCUGCACCCCAUUUUCCUCUGAUGCUGAACCCCCUCAGGGCCCCAUCAGCCCAUCACCUGGCAGUGGGGUGGGCACUGGGGGCAUUGCCUUUCUCAGCUGCUGGAGAUGAGUGGGGCUCUAAAUCUCCUCUGGAUGUGGGAGAAGCAGGAUGGGACUACGGCAUCUGUGCUUGACUAAAUCCCUGCAUUGCAUUUUCCCUGCCCUCCACCUUCCCUGCAGCAAACGUGUGGGGUGCAGGAGGUGAUCUUCCCCACCAGAGCUGUGCCCACCCCAGGGUGAGUGUGGCUCCCACCUCAGUUGGAGCUCAGUGUGACCGACCGUGGCUCACCUGGGAUGCUGCAGGGACAACAGGAAGAAAUCCCAUUGCCUCCAGGUCCUGUGCCCUGCAGGUGCUCUGCUCCUCGCUAAAUAAGACAAAAGCAGCAGCAGCGAUUUGAAAACGGUUCUUUAAUGUGCAGCAGCUGUUCAGCAGUGCAGAGCAGCACUGUGCAAUGGCUGCUGACUGCAGGAAGAAGAAACCUGGUGGGAGGGAGGCAGGAUCUGCCUGGAUGAGGUGGAGGUGGACCAGGGCUCUUCCAGGCAUCUCCUCAGUGAUGUCUGUGCUGCAUUUGGGGUGCUUGUACUACUGCAUUGCAGUACUGCAGAGGGGAAAUACCUGGUGCAGUGCAAUGCUGCAGAGAGCAAUGCAAUGCAAUGCAGUGCAAUGCAACGGUCGUGUCUGCU